AUGCAGCCUCUGGAGGGUGUGCAGGCGGACCUGGGCAAGGCCCAGGUCAUCGACCGUGUCCCCAAAGUGAUCAAGGAACUCAAAUUUGGUGUACUGUCCAACGACGACAUUGUCAGCCAAGGCGUAGUCGAAGUGUCCGACAGGAAAUUCUUCAACCUCGAAAAUGACCGUUCUAUUGUUCCAAAUGGCCCGCUCGACGCGCGCAUGGGUAUCUCGAAUAAGACUUCAACCUGCCAGACAUGCGGCGGCGCACUGCAGGUUUGCAACGGCCACUUCGGUCAUGUGCGGCUUGUUUUGCCCGCUUUUCAUGUGGGUUAUUUCAAGCGUGUGAUUAGUAUUCUGCAGGAAAUUUGCAAGGAGUGCUCCCAUAUUCUGCUCCCCGAAGCAGAACGCCGCGCCUUUCUCCGUGAGAUGCGCCGCCCGCGACUGGAUAACCUGCGACGGAUGCAGAUCGCCAAACGAGUCAACGACCGCUGCCGCAAGACCCGAACCUGCGAAAACUGUGGUGCUGUUAAUGGGGUGGUGAAGAAGACAGGUACUAGCUCUCUUAAGAUCACGCAUGACAAAUUCCGUGCGUUUAAUGCCUCGACAUCGGCAAAGAAGAUCCCGCCACCUAGCAAGAUCGUCUUCGAUAGGUCACUAGAGGAAGCUAGAAGUUCUAAUCCGGAGGUCGAGAAACAUCACAAAAAAGCUCAGGACGAUUUGAAUGCGCUGCGGGUGUUGAAUCUGUUCAAGCGCAUCUCGGACAGUGAUUGUGAAUUAUUAGGACUGGACCCUAAGGAAGCAAGGCCGGAGAUGUUCCUCUGGCAGUUUAUCCCUGCGCCGCCAGUGUGUAUUCGUCCGUCCGUCGGUCAAGAUGCUUCAUCGACUGAGGAUGAUCUGACGGCUAAGCUGGGAGAUAUCGUCCAGAGUAACAUCAACCUCAAAAAUGCUUUGCUAAAAGGAGCUCCAGUGCAGACGAUCAUGGAGUGCUGGGACUAUAUGCAGCUUCAGAUUGCCGUCUACAUCAACAGCGAUGUCCCCGGUCUGAACAAGGCAGACCUCGGGAAGCCUAUUCGAGGUUUCGUGCAGCGUCUGAAGGGUAAACAGGGUCGAUUCCGUGGUAACCUGUCUGGAAAGCGUGUUGAUUUCUCUGGUCGAACUGUUAUCUCGCCCGAUCCCAACCUUCGCGUCGAUGAGGUUGCUGUCCCGGAAUUGGUGGCAAAGAACAUGACAUAUCCCGAAGUGGUCAACAGGUACAAUAAAGAAAAGCUACAGCAAUGCGUUCGAAAUGGACAGAAGAAGUGGCCGGGUGCCAACUAUAUCAUCAAAAAGGGCAACCCCCUAAAGACCAUGCUUAAGUAUGGUAAUCUGAAAUUUAUUGCCGAUCAGCUGCAGGAAGGAGAUAUCGUCGAGCGUCAUAUCGAAGACGGUGAUAUCGUCCUCUUCAACCGUCAGCCUUCUCUCCACAAACUCAGUAUCCUUUCCCAUUUUGCCAAAGUUCGCCCUCACCGGACAUUCCGACUAAAUGAGUGUGUAUGUAACCCAUACAAUGCGGAUUUCGACGGAGACGAAAUGAAUCUUCACGUUCCUCAGACGGAGGAGGCGAGAGCUGAAGCCAUGGAGUUGAUGGGUGUGAAAAACAACCUGGCGACACCCAAGAACGGAGAGCCUAUCAUUGGAGCCAUUCAAGAUUUCAUUAGUGCUGCCUAUUUGCUUAGCAGCAAGGAUAAUUUCUUCGACCGGCGUAGUUUUACCCAGAUCUGCUUAUACAUGCUUGGUCCGCAAACGCGUUUCGAUCUUCCGCCACCCGCAGUGUUUAAGCCACAGAUGCUCUGGACGGGAAAGCAGGUCUUCAAUAUUCUGAUGCGGCCUAAUAAGGAUGACCCGGUUUUGGUCAAUCUCGACGCCGCGUGCAAACAGUUUAAGCCGCCAAAGGGGAAUCAACCAAGAGACCUGGACCCCAACGAUUCGUGGCUCGUCGUUCGAAAUUCCGAGGUCAUGUGUGGUGUGAUGGACAAAUCUACUGUCGGUUCCGGAAAGAAGGACAAUGUCUUCUAUAUCAUGCUUCGUGAUUUUGGCCCUGCUGCUGCUGCUGAGGGAAUGAACCGUUUGUCGAAACUGUCAGCCCGUUGGUUCUCAAACAUGGGCUUUUCUAUCGGUAUCACAGAUGUCUAUCCAAGCGAUAGACUAGUACAAUCGAAAAACGACCUCGUUGAAGCAGCGUACGCACAGUGUGAUGAAGUUAUUGCCAAGUACAAAGCUGGAACCCUUGAAAAGUAUCCUGGAUGUGACGAACUGCAGACAAUGGAAAACCAACUAUCUGGUAUUCUAAGUAAAGUCCGUCAGCAGGCCGGUGACGAAUGUAUUGCUCAGCUGAGCAAAUACAACUCCCCCCUGAUUAUGGCUACGUCCGGAUCGAAAGGUUCUAGUAUCAACGUGUCUCAGAUGGUCGCUCUCGUCGGUCAACAAAUUAUUGGUGGUCAGCGUGUGCAGGACGGUUUCCAGGACCGGACUCUACCUCAUUUCCCCAAAAACGCCCGACAGCCCCCUUCCAAGGGUUUCGUGCGGAACAGUUUCUUUUCGGGUCUCCUUCCUUACGAAUUCAUCUUCCACGCCAUGUCCGGUCGUGAAGGUUUGGUCGAUACUGCGGUCAAAACUGCUGAAACCGGAUACAUGUCGCGUCGUCUGAUGAAAUCUUUAGAAGAUCUUUCUACUGGUUAUGAUGACACUGUUCGAAAUUCUUCUCAGGGCAUCGUCCAAUUCCAGUACGGUGACGAUAAAUUAGACCCCGUCGAUAUGGAGGGCAAAGCCAAGCCGGUCCACUUCGAUCGAACUUUCAUCCACGCUGAAACGACAACGUAUAAGAACGAGGAACGAAGCUUGUCCCCUGCCGAGAUCAUGGAAGUAUGUGAGGAGAUGCUCUCAAAAGAACGCGCCAAGCUAGCGCGAUAUGAUCUAAUGGGUGCUGAACUCGACUAUAUGGAUCGAAGCGACCAUGGAGUUGACCAGUUCGAGAGCGCUCGGGAUUUCCUUGAUUCAAUUCAACAAUACGUCCAAACCAAGGCGGACAAACUGAUCUCUCGAGGUGGUGACAGCGACCCAUCUGACGAGAGGACCAUCAAGGGUCUAAACCAUACUGGAAAGCUGACGGAGAGGACGCUUCGGACGUUCAUUGCUGAGUGUUUGAUGAAGUAUAAGAAAGCUCAAGUUGAGCCAGGACACGCUGUGGGUGCCGUUGGUGCGCAGUCCAUUGGAGAGCCGGGUACGCAAAUGACACUGAAGACUUUCCACUUUGCUGGUGUCGCCGGUAUGAGUAUCACACAGGGUGUUCCCCGUAUCAAGGAAAUCAUCAACGCCUCCAAGGAGAUCAGUACUCCUGUUAUUUCCUGCGAGCUUGUCGAGAAGCGCAACAUCGUCGCGGCUCGCAUGGCGAAGGGACGCAUCGAAAAGACCUUCCUACGCGAUAUCAUCCACUACGUUCGCGAAACUUGGACUGGAAAAGAGGCAUACCUGACAGUUAAAAUUAACUGGGACACAAUCAGCGCCCUUGAACUCGAUCUGACGGUGGGAAAAAUACGUCAGGCCAUUGAGAACCACCGACGAUUCAAGUCAGAAGACUUGAAGCUGCGGUCAACCCGCUCCCACAUUCACAUCCAUAUUGACCUGGAUCCCGCCAGCAAAGAGAAGCUGUCAAAGACUGAAAUUGCCGCUACCAGCUCAGACCCCUUCCUCCGCCUCAAGGCUCUUAAACGCCUGCUUCCAGACAUCCAAGUUCUCGGCCACCCGCAAGCUAACCGUGCCAUCAUUCGUACCGACGACAAAUCGGAUACUAACACCCUCCUCGUCGAAGGUUACGGUCUCCGCCAGUGCAUGAACACAGUCGGUAUCGACGGCCUACGCACCAGAUCCAACAACGUCAUGGAAACUCGUGAGGUACUGGGUAUUGAGGCAGCGCGGUCAACAAUCAUUCAGGAAAUCAGCGAGGUCAUGAAGGACAUGGACAUCGAUCCGCGUCAUAUGCAGCUCCUUGCCGACGUCAUGACUUACAAGGGUGAAGUUCUCGGUAUCACGCGAUUUGGUCUCGCAAAAAUGCGGGAUUCUGUUCUGCAACUUGCUUCUUUCGAGAAGACUGCGGACCACCUCUUCGAUGCUGGUGGAGCUGGCCGCACCGAUCUUAUCGAGGGCGUCUCGGAGUGUAUCAUCAUGGGGAAGACGGUGUCGCUUGGUACCGGUGCGAUGGAGGUAGUCCGCAAGAUGAACUUCUUCGAGGGCCAGAUCGGGCCGAAGAAGACGAUCUUUGAGGAUGCAUGGAAUGAUGUCCAUGGCGAGCGAAAGACGAAAAAGAGGAAGAUGUAG